AUGCUUCUAGAUGAGCAAGAACAAUUCCUGUCCUACAAUGGCGAAGUCCUUGUGUUUCAGCUGUCAAAACCUCUGGAGGGAGAAGCUGAUAAGACAAUGAAUUUAUGUGUCAGAAGAAUGGUGUUCAACAGAGACACUAAGCUGUUUGUUCAGAAGUCUUCUGGAUUAUUCAGCAUGCGUGCCAGUCACUCGAAAAUUCAAAUCAUUUGUUGUAGCUGCGCAACGGAUUCCAGAACAGGGAUUAUACUUCCCUGCAUUUUGAUAAAAAAGAAAAAACGGAACAACGUUGUCAAAUACCUUUUAUUGUUGCUUCACAGCUCAAAUCAAUUUGAGCAGUCCUUUCAUUUUAAAUUGGAUUAUGAGCUGAAAGAAGACAUCAGGUUGUUUACUGGCCCUUCAGUCUUGUGGAGGCAUGCCAACGAGCUGUUCUACAUCUCUUCUGACACCUGCACGGUUCUAAGUGCACCUGUUCAGCUUUCUUCUGUUGUGUGGACAGGUGAAAUUGAGAAUGAAGGCACUGUUGUUUUGGGGAUAAGAACUGCUUGGCUAUCAGAGACUGAAGAUGAGGGUGAGCUUUCAACUUCAGACAGAGCCAUCUGGGGCAGUGAGUUCUUUGGAUAUGCAGUGGCAGCACAAAAAAUGCUAACCGUCACAUGCUUUAUGCCUCAUGCUUACAGCAGAGUGGUAUCUUCUGUCUGCAUCUGCAAGAAUGGGAUAUUAAAAAAACAGCUCCGAAUAUCACUCGUUGCCGUAACCCACAAGAAUCAGCUUAUUUGGUUCCAAGAUGGUCUCCCUAAUGGUGUUUGUGAGCUUCCUUAUGAGAAACCAUGUUCAGUAAAAACAGCUGUAACCAGUAACAAUGAUUUGCUAUUUAUUGUGUCUUUUGCCUCUGGAAAUAUUUGUGCUGUACAGAGGAGAGACACCUUACAGGUGGCUUCCAAAUGGCAAAAAGUGAAGUCUGUUCUGGUGGAUGAUUUUAUCGGCUCUGGAAGUGAGCAACUGCUACUGCUUUUCCAGGAUGACUCCAAUACAGACCUGUUAAGUACAUUCGAAAUAACAGAUCUUGGAGAGGUCAGCUAUGCAAGUGGUAUUAAUUAUAAACAUGAUGUUCCUGCCACAGAAGGACUGCAAGAGAAUGGUUUACUUACUGUCAAAGCCCUUGAAACAAGAUUACAGGCUGGUUACACCUCUGUCCGAGAGCUACAGCAGCAUUUAGAGCUCAAAAAGAAGGUUAUCCUUGAAUCUUGCAGAGCAUUAAUAGAUCUUGUUGAAGAAAGAACCCAUAUUCUACCAACUGCAAAAGAGGAAGGUCUUGUCUCUCUCUGGGAUGAUGUAGAAAAUCGUCCUCAUUCUCUUAGUGAGGAGACAUUGGCGUCUAAUGUCCCAGAGCACUUCGUAGAGAAAUUGUGGCAGCGUGUUGUGGGUGACAGCCUGGUAGUCGGAGUGAAACUAACUGAGUCAUUUUACUUGUCACUGAGUGAUGUCAGUUUGUCUUUAGUGAUGGAUCAAGACUUCCCUUCAAUUUCUCCGAUUAUCGAGUGUCGAAAUAAAAUCAUUAAGCUGAACAAAGCCUUCCCAGCAUUGACUGUCUCCUUGUGUCAAAUUGAGCCUCCUCAAAAAAAGAUGAAAUUGGACUUGCAUAGCAAGAACGCUCUGAAAGAAGAGUUUCCUGAGAGAUGUUCAAAGGUUCAUCGGGAUGGAGCAAAGACAGUCAUUGCUGUUACCAGCCUUUCACCAUUAUUGGCAUUUCAUCGUGUAUGUUGCGUAGUUCUUCUACAUGCGAAGAUGCAAAAACAUCAGAAUGGUAGUUUACAGGAGAGCAAAAGGAUUGCUGUACUCUGUGGGAAAUUUUUUUUAAGUCUGGAAGAUAUCUCAGAUGGAAAAUAUUCAGUAAAGUUGCUAAGGGAUAAUAGUUACUGUACAGGUUCCAUGGAAGAUAUAUUUGCUGUCCUUGCAGUAUCUCUCAGAUUCUCCUUUCAGAUUAUGUCUUCUAACUGCACGUUGACUCCAGUAAAUUCAUGGUUACUGAGAGAAAUGGAGUGAAAUUUGUGUGGUACAAUUUUUAACUGGACCCUGAAAAAUCCAUUUGAAGGAGUUCUAACAUUAUUUUGCAGAAAUCUGACUGCCCUGUUCCAGUGCCUUCAUAGCCUUACUAGAGUUCUUCCACCAAGCUGUGAUGUAAAACUCCUGAGAUCUGGAAGCAAAGGUGUACUUACUGAACAGUUAGCACUGGCUUUGGAAAAAGAAAUGCUCACCUUGAGGAGUUCUUUCUUCUCAAAAAAAACUAAAGCUGAAAACAGUUUGACAUGGGCGAAUGAGCCUGGCAAGAAAAUCGAAGAUGUUCCUGUGGCUUCUUUACUGGACAGCGAGGAAGGAGUUCAACAAUUCAGAAAGAAGCUUCAGAAUGAACGGGAAGAGAGUGUGCUAAGUAUGAAUCAGACAAUGAAUGGUGCCCUUUACCAGGAAGUUGCUUUGAAAAUAGCAGAAGCUCAGCUCAGUUCGGAUAUGAUUGUGUGGAGACUGAGCAAGUCCUAG